UAUAACUUUUUUAAUUUAAUUAUUUUAUGUUUUAUAUUCCUUAAUUAAGUUUUUUUGCAAAAGACGCGCAAUGUAAAGUGCAUCGAAAAUAAAUAUGUGUGUGUAUUUAUAUACAUAUAUGCAUGUGUUGCACGUUGCACUUGUAGCAAAUCAAAUUGGUCAGUCAGUUUCCCGCUUCUGAAUGGACGCCGAAGUUCUAAACAGAACUUCUUGCAAUAUAAAAGAAAUGUUUUGUAAUAAACCAUCAAAAAAGUUUUUUGUUGGUAUACAUCAUAAUGGAAUUAUAAAAUUCUUAUCGAUACGUACUCAGAAAAUGAUAACCUGAGACCAUAAUUUUUCUUUAUCAAAUGAUAAGUUAAGGUUAUGUUUACAUUUGUAAGAUAGUUGAAGAAAUGUGAUAAUAGUUGUAAUUUCGUUUAAAGUAAUUUUAACUGAACACAGUUGUUACUAUGGAAUCUUUGAAAAUAUUUGAUAAUUUUAAAUUCAGUGAGUUGGAUGAAGACUGGAUUGAAUCAGUUUGGAAUGGAGAGUUUAUGAUUUUCAAAGAACCACCUGAUGAAUAUUUCAUGUUUAUAGAAAGUGAAGACAUGAGAUUACUUUUACAUGAUUCUUAUACUAUUGUAAAAGCAUGGCUAUUGGAUAGAAGAAGUCAGAAUGACUCUGAAACUUCUGAAAUAUCUUGGAAUACAUUGAUUAUUAUGGAUGUAAAGGUGCGUGCUUUAUUAGCUGUAUUGGGUUACAUAAUAAAAAGUGGUCAAGGUAAAGAAACUGAUGAAGAUUCAAGACAAUCAAGUCUGUACGCAACUAAUCUAUAUUUUAUACUUUUGGCUAUUCCUGGUAGCAGUGCAUUUAAUGUGUUUCAUCCAAAUUUAUAUCAGCAAACCAUAGAAACAAUUAAAACGCAUUCAGAACAGUUACAACCUUGUACUAAAAAACAUAGCAAAGCAAUGAGUCUAGAUGAUUCAGUUAUUACAGAUGAAUUGAUGAAUGAAAAUUAUGUCCUCUCGCAUAAUGAGAAAGAAACUCUUAUAAGAAAUUUGAAUGCUAUUAUUUCCACCUUUAUUAUAAUGACAAGAUCAUUUUGGUUUAAAGAUCAUAUUCAGUCUUUAGACAUUACAAUUCAGGGAUUACUUGAAGUUACAAAAAUAGAUGAUGCUUCUGUGGUUUCUCAACACAAUGGACAUAGAGAUAGUUUAGCAGCUUCGUUACCACAGAAUGCUUAUCUAGCUUUACACGAAUUGUGCGACAACAAACAUGGUCCUAUUAAGGUUACUGCAACGUUCAUAGCAAAAUAUAUAUUACCUCGUUUAUUAUGCAAUCAUAUGGAUGCACAAGCAAAGGUGAUUGCAAAUAUACGUAAAAAUACUAUACAUUUUUUACAAGAUUUAUUACAUACAUAUGAAAGAGAUGCUGAAACUGCAAUUUUAACAUUAAUACAGCAUAUAAUGCUGAACUGCCCAGAUCGACUCGAUGCUCGUCAGAAACAAGCUAGCGUUUUAAUAAAGGUUCUUGAAAUAUGUAAACAUCAUAUUAUGCUAGAAGCAUUAAAAAAUAUAAUAUUACUGUCUCAUCAUUCAAAGAUAACAUUUAGACUGUUUGCUCAAGAAAUAAUUGGAAAACUAUUGCUUGAACCUUUUAUAAUGAAUUGCAGUAUAAUGGAUAACUUGAAAACUAAAAUAAAAAGAGUAUUGUUUGCAAUUGUAUCAAGUAGAUGCAUGGAUUGUUCAAGCAUGGUAAGAGGAAAGGCCAUUGCCAUAAUUGCUGAAUUCACAGAAUCUACUAAUGCAAUAGAUAAGGCCAUAUUUGAAAGUAUAUUUAAUGAAUCUAAUCCAAACAAGAAGUUUUUAGCAUUCCAUGAAUUAAAGGAUGCUUUAUCCGAGGAUAUUGAAUUAUUACCAGGUUCAAAUGUUUUAAUAACAAUACUUAUGGAACGUAUAGAAGACGAAAGGGCAAUGAUACGACGAAGUACAUUGCAGAUUUUAAAAAAUUUAAUCCUAAUGUUCCCAAAUUUGAUAAAAGAAGUAUUAUCUGUAAUCAGUCGUAGAUGUAGAGACCCGGCAUUAUUAGUACGUCGGUUUGCUGUACAAAUGUUAUCUCAACUCUUACAGCAAUUCCCAGAUAAUUCACAACUUUUAGAUGAAUGGGUACAAACCGUCGUACCACAAAUAUUUGACAUGGAAAUUAAAGUACAAGAAAAGGUGCUAGAAUAUUUACACGAAUUACUAUUAAAUAGAAUAAAAGAUGUCUCUACGAAUACCGACACUAAUGCAGAUAAUUUACCAUGGAAGAUUUUAAAUACUUUAGCUAAUAUGAAAAUGAGAAAACAUUUGUCAAAAGCAUGUAACUUGUGGGUUAAGCAUGGUAUUAUCACUAAUUCAGUGGUAAAAAACAUACAAUCUCAUAUUGGGACAAAUAAUAAUAUAGGAGCCUGGGUACUUUUAGUAGCACUGGCUGAAAACACCAAAUUACCCAACAUGAACAAAUAUAUUUCGAACUACAAAGAGAUUUUAGAAUCAAACAAUUUCUGCACGAGUUUAGUUUUACAAGUUUUAAGAUAUUCUUGGAAAUCUUUAGAUUACGAAGUUUUAGAACAGCUUCAUGUAUAUAUGUACAAAUGUUUGCAACAAUUUAAAAUCAGUUAUGGUUUGAUUAGUAUUUGUUUGGAUAUUAUACAUAACAUAAUACUCUAUUUAAAUCCCGAUAAAGGUAAUAAUUUGUUAGAGUUGUACAUGGAAAAUUUGAUAAAAGUUUCGGAAACAGAAAUUACAAAGAUUUUUAUAAAUGAAAGUCAAUUAGUGGAUAUAGUACCGAAUUAUUUAAAAGCUAUGUUUACAUUGGGAAAUGCUACACUUUUGGGUGCUUAUAAAAUUUCACCAUCGAUAUUACGAAUUUUCCAAGGGAUGUUGUUAGAAUGGGAAUCAUUGCCAGAUGUAAUAAAGGACAUAAAUGAACUGCAAGCAUCGGCAGUUGUUAUUCUUGGUCAGCAAGCAGUGAGAGAUCGCGAUGUAGCUAAAGAAAUACUUCCAAUAUUUGGUAAACUAAUGAGGCAAGAAACAAAUUUAGAUUCAAUCAUUCAAAUUGCUGUGAAAAUAAAUACAGCAAAAGCUCUGGCAGAUAUCUGUGUUCGAUUUACCGCAUUGGUUGAACCUUAUUUAUCAGAUAUGUGUGUAAGUAUGAAAGAUUCAAGUCCACAAGUACGAGAAGCAAUAAUGGUGAUAUUUAUUCAACUUCUUCUUGAAGAUUAUAUAAAAAUUAAAGGUCCAUUCUUUUUCCAUAUAUUAACAAUGUUGUCAGAUUCAGACAGCAUGAUACGUGAAUUAACUAACUUUCUUAUAAAAGAAAGACUUUUAACGAAGAAUAAAACAUUAAUAUCACAGCAAUUUUUGCAAAGUAUAUAUCAUUAUAAUAAUUACCGAUCUCAGCAUAAAGUUUAUGACCAAAAGAUGCGUGAGAAAGAACGAAAAGCUUUAACACUUCCUGGAAAGAAAAAUGAGGAUAAACGAAGAGUAAUUUAUGAUUUUAUGUUGGAUCAUUUGGAUCCUCCAGGAAAAAUAAAAUUACUUGUAAAAAUAACUAGUCAGAUACUCGGUGGAACUUGCAUUGAUACAAUUAAUGUUAAUAAAGAAGAAGGAGUUGGUGUUUUGAAAGAUGCAUUGUAUAUAAUUGGUAAUAAACGUUUGCGACCAUCAUCUUUUAACAAACACACCGAUGAUGAUCAACAAGAGGGUGAUGAACCUGCAGUUCAAACAAUUACACCAACUACUAAUGCAAUCACUGUUAUCAUUGAAGGAAUAAAGAAGCAUGGCUUAGAAGUGUUGUUACCUAUGUUAAUAAAGCUUAGAAAAAAAUUAUCACUUUUAAAAUCUCCAUUAGAGAGUGAUAUAAAAAAACUUUUAAUUAAAACAUACUCCGAAUACAAUAAGGAUCAAUUAUCGAAUAUAUUAAAUGAAUAUCCACAAUUGGAAAAAGAAGUUGAGCAAUUCAAGAAGCAACUAGAAGAUACUGCUUUUAAUGACGAGGAUUCUAGCGAAGAAGUAAUGUUACCAUCAGAAACCAAUAAGCAGAUUACAAAUAACCAGAAUUCAGAUUUAACAACAUGUAGCUUACACUCUAAGGUUGUAUUACAAAGUAUUCCAAUUUCUCGGUUAACUCCAACUACUUCUAUAGAUUGUUGGAAUUUUUCAACUCCUUCGGUUUCAAAUUUACGACUAUUAUCACCUGCUCAACCUGGUCCUAGUACCAGUACACCCAACUCAUUUAAAUCCUUGGAUUUUAAUGGUCACUGUUCAAAAGCUAGAAGACUUUCCAGUUUUUUCCAGAAUGAAAAACAAUUAAACAAUUUCCAUUACACGGCGAGGGAAGUUCAAUAUGAUAGCGAGUCUGAUUAGAAUAAGUAAGAUAAAUUAUUUUUAUUUAUAAUGCAGUGUGUAGAUAAUACGUAAAAGGAAAAUUACCUACCUCUUAAUUUCCGUUGAAUACGAAACGAUGUUUGCGAAACAGUAUAUGUUCGAUUUUCCAGUUCUUUUUGCAUGUCUGAAAGAAGUAUUUUAUUAAUACUUACCUCGACAAUUACAACAUUUGGUAUUUUAUUCUUACCCUUAUUGGUAUACGCGAGAACAUUGUUGUGUAAAUCCUUUAUGAUUGAGAUGUUCUCAGUUAUGACUUCAAUUAAAGCACGAACUUCUUCAACCUGUAUUAACAUUAUUUAAACAUCUAUUGGUGAUGUAGAAAUCUGUGAUAUAUGGAAAAAAAGAAUAACUGUAUACAUAUGUACAUACGUACUUCAUUCAAUACUUCUUUCAGUUUUUUAUUCUGGGAUAUUUGAAUGUGUACAUCCUGUAAAAAUCCUUUACCAAAUGUAGUGCUAUUAUUUUGACACUAAACAGAAAUGAGAAUAAACAACUAUAUUAUAUUUCUGUUUUAAUGUAAAGAGUAAGCGUUAAGAAACAGUAUUUUAAAACACAUCACAUUUCACACGUAUUUUUAUUCAAUUUAGUAUGAUGAUAAUCUUCAUCACUUUUAAAUUUGUUAAACGAUAAAUAUACUAACAGCACGUAGUUCUGGCAUUCGAUCACGGACCAUGAUGAGUAUUGCUUGAGCAUCGGUAUACAACUGAUAAUUCCACCAAUUCAGUACAUAAAGUAUCUUUUUGUUAUCUAUCUUAUCAGUGUAGUAGAGAUAAUUGAUAAAAUCGAGUGUGACGUUGGCAUUGUUACUUAUAAUUGCUGCGAUUAAUUCGCGAAUUUCAGUUAAACGUAUUUGUCCGUAUCUGCUCUACUAAACUGUUUGACUUGGUUCACGGUUGAACUGCAUCACUUUACCUAGAAGAUGCUUUGCAUCUUAAAUGAAAUAGGAAAUAGGCACUUAGCAGCUGGGUUACAAGGACAGCUUUGAUAUAAAUUAUGCACCUUCGACGCGUUAUUUCAGUCAUUCCUGUUUUUUUUCUUGGAAAAAUAAUAAUACUCUUCUUUUGAAAAUAUGAUAAUUUUUUGUUAUCGUUCUUAUAACACAGUGCAAGUUGCUUUUUUUCUAUACAGUCAAGGUGCAUUAAUAUGUAUGGUGUAAGAUGUUGACUUUGAAAAAUAAUAUCGCUUAUGUACAUAUAUAAUUUAAUAACUAAAAACAAUUCUAUUUUUUGAAUUAAUAAAUCUACUAUAAGAAAAUUGAUGGUCAUUUUGGGUUAUAUAAUAACAAAGUUAUAUUAAAUAUAACAAGCUAACAGAUUGGGUUUUUAACGAAUACCCUCUAUUUAAUUACUUUGAUAAUAAAAAGUUAUUUAAUUUCUAUUGAAAUUCAAAUAAAUUUUAGAUAACAUUUAAGUAGUCUAGUCUGUGAUGUUACACAAAGAGAAAUGUUUAGUUGUUUGUAUAUAAAAUGUAUAUCCAUUACUGUAUAUUUUACACUCAAAAGAACUUGAUAAUCACUAAAACAUAUUUUUUUAUAAUUUAAAUCACCUAUAAUAUUUACUUAAGCUACAUAGUUAGUACUUCGAUAGAUUUAUAAUAAAUGUAGAUAACAGUUUGGGAAAACAGUUAACGCAUUUAUUACAUUGUAAGGUAACAUUAAACAAAUAAUUAUAAAAUAUUAUAUUAAUAUUACAUCAAAAUAAAACAUCUUAAUAUCACUUAGAAACAUAGAUUAAAGAUUUAAAAUAUAUUUUCUCUUAUACUUUCAAUAAAUAGUAUCUCUCUUCUUUUUGUGCAUCAUACUCUAAUACGAAUACAAUAUAUAAACCAACAGGAAGAAAUAGACAUCGUAUUAUCAAAUUAUUAAAUUUCGUUUCUUUUCUAAUUUUUUAAGGCAAAUUAAUCAGUCUUAUAGAAUCUUUAAUUAGCACAUGAUGAUUGUAUUAUUCAAAAGUAUAUUAAUAUACUUAUUACGUUUAUCAUCACAAUUUCAUCAUUAACAAGAUAUAUAGUUCUAUCUAAAAACAACUUUGAAGGAUAUAUUUAUAUAUAUACUACCUGCAUCAAAAGAAUGAUUUCAAUGUUUCACUGUCGUGAGAGAACAUAUUUACAAGUGGAUGCGUUAAAAUGUGUGUUCGCAUAUCUUUUAAUACUAUAAGAUUUACUUUAUAUAUUUAUAUCUCUCUAAUGUACAUAUACCAAAAAUAAAUAACUUUAACGGAA